CGACAUUAAUGGGACACCACGGGAAAUACCAGUUUAAGCGUUUCAGUUUGUAACUAUUGUUGUAGAAUUUAAUGAAAAGUAUUGCAAUUAUAGUUGUAGAAUUUAAUGAAAAGUAUUGCAUAUUCGUUCCAUGUAAACUUGGAGGUAUUGAUUUCGAAUGUCGGUAAUUGGAAACUGGUAUAAAAGUUAGAGAACCCGGAAGGUAAAAGUUAAAAAGGUGACGGUUAGGUCUAUCACAUUGGAUAGUAAAUAUUAGGCCUAAAGAGCUAGAAAAUGGCUGAAAUCUACGAAGGAUUUGUCGAAAAGACUGCUCAUGGGGUAUUCAAGAACAAGUCGCGGGUUUGGAUGGUACUGGAGAGCUCGACCCUCUCUUUCUUCAAAGAUCAAAAGCGCGACUCCUGCAUCGGGUCUGUGGAGACGAGCGACAUUCAAGAGGUAACUACGACUCGAGGUGACGCCGACGAGCAGUUCCGGGUUCGCACGACCACUAAAACAUUUAUCUUCGUAGCGGACGCGUCGGGUGCCGCUGAGGGCUGGGUGAAGGCUAUCCGUGCGGCCAUGGCCAGCAAUGAUACAAGGUAUGAAGAUAGUCGGGCUUUAAAAUCUGCAGUGCAAGAAAUAGAGAACGUUAUACCUGUCACCCCAACAAACAUAUUUGGUGUGAGAUUGAAACCAACAAGAUUCUCGAGAGCGCCCAGUUCCAGUGUAGGUAAACCAGCAGUAGAAAACCCUCCGAAUGUUGUGAACUUGAAUGAAAUUCCAGUGGGACUUGACGAUUCCCAUAGAACGAAUGGUUCUGUUUCAUCGGAUGACAACCAGUCAGAAAAUAAAACAAGCAAACCGCUUUUAACAAAUGAAAUAACGGAGGAAUAUUCUUCCAAAGGGGAGUCGGGAAAUGGCGACAACGUCAAUAAAGACAGACGGGAGGGAUAUCCAAAACCAACCUUACCAAAGGAAGAUAACAUGGAUACCAGCGCCAUACGUACAUCACAGGCGAACACGGAUACCAGCGCCAUGCGUACAUCACAGGCGAACACGGAUACCAGCGCAAUGCGUACAUCACAGGGGAACACGGAUACCAGCGCCAUACGUACAUCACAGGCGAACACGGAUACCAGCGCAAUGCGUACAUCACAGGCGGACACGGAUACCAGCGCCAUGCGUACAUCACAGGCGAACACGGAUACCAGCGCCAUGCGUACAUCACAGGCGAACACGGAUACCAGCGCCAUGCGUACAUCACAGGGGAACACGGAUACCAGCGCCAUACGUACAUCACAGGGGAACACGGAUACCAGCGUCAUGCGUACAUCACAGGGGAACACGGAUACCAGCGCCAUACGUACAUCACAGGGGAACACGGAUACCAGCGCCAAGCGUACAUCACAGGCGAACACGGAUACCAGCGCCAUGUGUACAUCACAGGCGAACACGGAUACCAGCGCAAUGCGUACAUCACAGGGGAACACGGAUACCAGCGCCAAGCGUACAUCACAGGCGAACACGGAUACCAGCGCGAAGCGUACAUCACAGGCGAACACGGAUACCAGCGCCAUGUGUACAUUACAGGCGAACACGGAUACCAGCGCAAUGCGUACAUCACAGGCGAACACGGAUACCAGCACAAUGCGUACAUCACAGGGGAACACGGAUACCAGCGCAAUGCGUUUAUCACUGGGGAACACGGAUACAAGCGCAAUGCGUACAACACAGGGAAACACUGAUACAAGCGCAAGGCGUACAUCACAGGGGAACACGGAUACCAGCGCAAGGCGUACAUCACAGGGGAACGCGGAUACCAGCGCAUUGCGUUUAUCACAGGGGAACGCGGAUACCAGCGCAAUGCGUUUAUCACAGGGGAACGCGGAUACCAGCGCAAUGCGUGCAUCACAGGGGAACACGGAUACCAGCGCAAUGCGUACAGCACAGGAAAACACGGAUACCAGCGCAAUGCGUACAUCACAGGGGAACACGGAUAACAGCGCAAUGCGUACUUCACAUGGAAACAUGGAUACCAGCGCAAUGCGUACUUCACAUGGAAACAUGGAUACCAGCGCAAUACCGACAACACAGGGAAACACUGAUACCAACGCAAUACGUACAGCACAUGGAAACGACCCAUCGGCUCUACAGAACAGUGAAGUUAUUGACAAUACAACUGUCACAAUUAAGACAGAUGUACAAUACAAUCAGAGAGAUAUCAGUUAUGGUGAAACUGAAACCAUAUCUGUUUCACAACCGAUAGAUAUGGACACACCUCAGGUGCGACAUUCCAAAGGUCAAGCUAUAAGCGGUCACUUGGGAAAACAUAUUGAUUCAAAUGAAAAAUGUAAUUUAAAAAUUCUGGAUGCCACUGAUAAUGUCGAAGCAACACAAGAAGUCGUGAUACGGCGCGCAGAUGCCCCACGUGACAAUGGUCAUGCUCAUGUAACUAGAGGCGAUGAGCUCUCUACGCCGUUUGCCGAUGUUGACAUUUCUCAUGUUGAGAUGCGGAAGUCGUCGAGGACUUCUAGAGGUCGAAGCUUAAGAAGCUUACGGGCCCCUGAAGAUGAGGAUCCAUCGCCAAUGUCAGAGGACACACAAAGCCCGAAUGGCGCAUCUGAUAACAAGACCAAAGAAGAUUCGAAGUUAGAAUCUGACUACACAUUUAACGACGAGGUGUUCCGAGCUAUUCUUACCGCCGACGAGGGAGACGAUUCGGCAUUCCUCCCCGCCGAAGUGCGCACAGACGCGUACACAGAAUUAAAGCGCUACUUUUCCAUGAAAGAUAGGGACUUUGACGUUCAGUACCAUUCUGUAUCCAACAGAGACUCGGUCACUUUACUGAAAGAGAUUUUAAGGACAGAUUAAGAAAAAAUACGUGUAUUGUGAUCAGUAAAAUGAACUAACAUUUAACAUUUUACGUUAAUAUGUAUACAUGUAUUGUCUUAUUAAUUUCUAAAAAAAUGUAUAGAAAAAAUGUCAAUGUUUUCGACUACAUGUAUAUGCGUAAAUAUUAUUUAGUCAAAUAUUGUUCUUAUAAAGCCUUAAAACUUUCA